UUCGAUCUUUUGUAUUGUUCCUUGAAGGGACGUGGGGCAUCGCUUUUUCAAGAUGACGGCCCUUUUCAACCUUCAAUCACUGGUCUUGGUGAUUCUCUUGUUGAUCUGCACGAGCACCUAUGCCCACUCGAUCAUGCCAGGGAUCAUGGAUCGCAACCAGAACGGGAUUUUCGGUAUCUUCUGGAAAUGUGCACGCAUAGGAGAGCGCCUCAGCCCCUAUGUCAGCAUAUGCUGUUUUAUGAUGGCGGUCUCGAUCUUUGUCGGGGGUUGAACAUGUUCCUGGUCGCUUUUACUCGGGUGAGG